CGCCGAAAUGUCGAUGAACACGGACGUGCGGACGGACGCCCAGGUGUUCCUGGCCACCAUGCUGAAGCGACUGAACCUGACGCUGAGCGACUGGGAGGCGUUCAACAACCAGUCUGGCGACUUCGACGACCUGGGCGACACCACGGCCGCCCGCAGCGAGGACAUCUGCGGGGAGGGAGUGCGCUGGCUGCGCGACUCCUACCGCCCGCUGCACGGCUACCUCGCCCUCGUCGUCUGCGUCUUUGGCUUCGUCGCCAACGUGCUGAACAUCGCCGUGCUGACGCGGAAGGACAUGGUGUCGCCGACGAACACCAUCCUGACCGGUCUGGCCGUGGCUGACAUGGCCGUGAUGCUCGAGUACAUCCCGUUUGCCUUCCAGCACUACAUCAACGCCUCCGCCAACCUCUUCUCCUACUGGGCCGCCAUGUACGUGCUUUUCCACGCGCACUUCGCGCAGGUCUUCCACACCGUGUCCAUCUUCAUGACGGUGAUGCUAGCCAUGUGGCGGUACGUCUCGAUCGUGCGGCCGAGCGUGGCGGUGCACUGCUGCACGAUGCGUCACACCAUCUUCUUCAUCGUCGGUAUUUACGUACUCUCACCCAUCAUCUGCAUUCCAUCUUUCUUCACCUUCGCCGUGCACAGUCGGCCGGCGGGCGGGGGCACUAUCCUCUACAGCAUCGACAUCAGCGAGGUCGGUCGCCGGUAUCACGGCCUGCUGAACCGCGCCAACUUUUGGCUGUACUCGGUGCUCAUCAAGCUGGCGCCCUGCCUGGCGCUGACGUUCUUCUCAGUGCGGUUGAUCCGCGUCCUGCUGGAGACGAAGCAGCGGAAGCAGCGGCUCAUGGCCGGCCGUCCGAACCCUGCAACUGACAGCCAUCUGGCACAGGGAGUCCGGCAGACGGACCGCACCACCUGGAUGCUGGUGGCCGUGCUGCUGCUCUUCCUGCUGACGGAGUUUCCACAGGGUAUCCUGGCGCUACUCUCGGGUAUCCUGCAGGACCGCUUCUUCCGCACCUGCUACCUCCACGUCGGCGAGCUGCUCGACAUCCUGGCGCUCACCAACUCAGCCGUCAACUUCUUGCUCUACUGCCUGAUGAGCAAGCAGUUCCGCGUGGCGUUCCGAUCGUUACAUGGGAUGUCGGCCAGGCCGUGUGUCGAGCAGCGGCCGCUAAGCAACGCCAAGUUCUACGCCAUCCCCAAGGCCUGCGUCAUCACCAACACCACGCUAGUGUGAUCGUCUUUGGGUGUAGAGCCGGAGACUGCGUUGUGACGCACCCCGCCGCGAAUGGUAUUUUGAUCCAGAACAGAAUGAGGUGCAGUGGUGCGUAAACCACAUAUGGGUGCGUUGACUUGGCUCUCAGCAACGCUGCUCAAGCGUAUAUUUUUCUGUGAAUUCGAGAGCUUGGGAUAAUCUCGUCAGGUGAUGUCUUUCCAUGGAAUUCAUCAUCCUGUCGCUUAUGUACUCGGACCUUAGCGCUCAUCAGAGUGCCUGUAAGGUGUUAUCGCGACUCUUGUGAGCUUACAUGUGUUUGUAGGGUUAAUGAACAGGUGGUAUAACCAAGAUGCGUCGACGCAUUUUUAAAGAAUCUUUGAAUGGGCAGUAGUAAUGAAUGCAUGCGUAUGCGCGUAUGAAUUUGGUGAAAUGGUGAUGCUACCAAGGUGCGUCACGGUUUAAGCGUCUCCAAUGGUAGUGACACUGGAUGAAAUGUUUCAAAGGAUGUCUAUUGUCUCAAUUUCUUGUCCAAGACCUGUACGUGGUCUUGUACCAACGGUGCAUGGGCUUGCCCCUGUACCAUGCCAACAUGUACGCUAUGAAAGAACUGAUGACGAGCUCGGGCAGUGCUUGCACGGCUCAAGGUUCAACUCAU